GAGCCGGAGAGGCUUGGUGGGACUUAAAUAAUGACGAUGAUUAUAGAGAGGAAGUGGACUAUGGUUGGGUUAAUGACGAAAGAUGGAUAGACGAAAGAAAUAUAGAAGAAUUACUCACCCCAAUUAAUAUCUGGCCCGAAGAUUAUAGAUAG